AUUCCUACAGUUUUUCCCUAAAAUUGUGGUUGCAAAAUCUAGUAUUGCAGCACCAACUUAUUAAUUAUAGAUAUAAUCAGUUUUAAUCCCGUAAUUAAUUACUCUAUUGUACGCGAAAUGUUUUUGUAAUUCUAGUAGACAACCUUUGGAGAAUCACUUAGGUAUUUAAAAAUAAAAUUAACGCACUAAUACAUUACAAUGAGAUAUAGAAAUGACAUUACAUGCAUAAUUAAAAUUACUUAAACUAUUAUACAGCGGCGUAGAUAUUGUAGAACAACGAGGGGAUUAAUAAAUAUGAAUUUACAUAAAUAACAAUUUUUACUAACGUGAUCAUCAGAUUUAAGGCAAAACCAAAUAAAGAAAUCGUAACUUCAUACUUUAAACCAACAACAGCAUAUUCACUUGAAAAUAGCCAUGGUGAUAAAUCAUUUCACAUAAUUAUUUUACUAAUAAUUACUGGGUGUUGCGAAAGUACUACGUUAAUUGGCUAGUAAAAAUAUAUGAAGUAAUGGUACUAACGGUAAAAGUAAUCGUGAGACCCAGCACGAGGGCUGCCAAGGAGGAAAACAAAACAUUGAAUGUAAAAAUGUAUUUUUAUGUGUAUUUCUAUUACAAAACUGAAAUAUAUAUAUUUCUAUAAAGAUUUUUGGGUUUAUAAACCAAUAACCGGUCCGGUGUUCUUUUUCGUGUCUUCCUUUUUAAUUUUGUUUGCUGUACAUAUCUGCCAAAAUUACCUAUUACUGGAUUUUUUAUUUUUAACUACAACUGUUCGAUUAAACAGUAGAGUUGUAGUGAGAUGAAGAGAAUAAUAAAGUGAAAUUAAUUAGGAAGCUUCAUUUUUAAGAUUCCAGCGCGCAAACGCCGGAGAUUUGUGGGGUUUAAGAAUAAGACCUAAAUAAAUUCGAAAUCGUGCUCGCAUGUGUUUGGAAAAAGACUAUAAAACCCUUUAUAAUGCAAAUUCGUGCCUUUUUAUUUGUUUUUUGUUUUGGUGUUUUGUUAAAAAAGUGUUAUAAUUACGAUUUAACACACGCGGAAUUAAGAAACACAUUUAAAUGGUGGGCAGAAACACUAGGUGAAAGGCUAUUUAGUAUGGGAAUGAAAAUAACCAAAAGAAAUAUGGUAGCAGAAAGCUUUGAAGGUACAAGUUUUGUCGAAGAGGAAGGAAUAAACAUUUUAAGAGGCAUUGCAUUGAAUAUGAGGAAAAUGAUGGACGAAAAAGAAAGCGCUGUUCGAAGAAUAAUGGAAGCAGCCGAGGCGUUGUCUCUCGAUCGACAGUCUCCCAUAGAUUCCUCUAGUUCGUAUGAUUAUUAUAAUGCCGAUAAUUUAACAAGUAUUGAACCUAAUGCUACUUUAGAACAAGAACUUCAUGAAAUACGAGCCAAGACAAAGCGCCAUUGGCAGUACAAGGAUUCAGAAUUUAUUGAACACCCGAACGAUCAUUUUAGAAGGCUUCCUAUGGUAAAACAUCCCAGUUUCGAAGAUCCAGUCAAUUUAAAUUAUAGUAUAAUACGAGUUUCAAAAAGUAUAUAUUACAGAGAAAACGACGUCCUUAAUGAUGUACGAUGGUCAGAACCUUUAGAUCUGACAUUUCAAGAGAAUUACAAAAAGGAUCCUACCUUAAUAUGGCAAUAUUUUGCCAGUACAACAGGCUUUAUGAGGCUAUAUCCUGCAGUGAAAUGGUCUGAAGAACAAUACGAUCAAACCUAUGACUAUAGAUUAAGAAAUUGGUACACGGAAGCUAUAACUUCUCCAAAAGAUAUCGUUAUCCUUUUAGACAAAUCGGGAUCGAUGCUUGGUGUACGUAGGGCAAUGGCAAAACACAUUAUUAACAACAUCUUAGACACCCUUGCAGAUAACGACUAUGUUAACAUUUACACAUUUACAAAAUUUACUGAUCCACUAGUUGAUUGUUUUAAUGACACGUUAAUGCAGGCUCAUGAAGAAAAUCUAAGACUGCUUAGGGAAAGUUUGGGAAAAUAUGAAACGCAAUUUGCUGGAAAUAUGACCAUCGCAUUUGAACGAGCUUUCAGUGUUCUGGAAAAGUACAGAGAGAAACGCUAUGCAGAGAAUUCGGUUGGUACUAACUGUAAUCAAGCUAUAAUGCUAAUUACUGAGGGAAUUGAUUACGAUUAUAAGCCUGAGUUAUUUGGAAGAUACAACAACUUAAGGCCAAAUGAGUACUACAGACCAGUUAGGGUCUUUACUUAUUUAAUCGGAACCGAUCAAAAUGAUGCAAGAGAAUUACAGUGGAUUGCUUGCUCGAACAUGGGAUAUUACGUUAACAUCAAUACUCCAUCUGAAAUUCGAGAGAAAGUCUUAAAAUACGUCGAUGUAUUUUCCCGUCCAUUAAAUUUAAACAAAGUAGCAAAGCCAGAUCCGGUUUGGACCGGCACUUACAUUGAUUUGGCCGACAGGAGACUUGCCAAUUGGCUUUGGACAAAAGUUGAAGGAAACAGGCAAAGAGAUAUAUUCUUGGACUAUACAAAAAGGAUGAUAGAGAGAGAAGAAUAUAUGUAUACUUGGGAAGACAAUAUUUUACUCAAAAAAGAUCAUGAUUACGAAAUAUAUAGGACAAAACGGAAUUACACUUAUGUAACGACAGUAUCAUUACCCAUUUACGAUCUAAGACCUAAUCGAUCAAAAGUACUAGGUGCUGCAGCUGUGGACAUUCCAAUUAGUUACAUAAAGGCAAACCUUAUGUCGUAUAGGAUUGGUGUUAAUGGUUACGCCUUUAUUGUCACCAAUAACGGGCUUAUAAUGGUUCACCCUGACCAUAGAACAGAGUUCCAAAACAUCCCUAAACCAACGUUUAACAGAGUGGAUAUUACUGAGGUUGAAUUAAUGGACGAUCAAAGGGGCCCAAGAGAUUUCCAUUACGAAUUAUUAGAGUUACGGAAAAAUAUCGUCAUGAGGAACGAAGGUUAUUCUACCCUUGAUGUGAAAACACACAUCGACGAAAUGGCUCAUGAAGAAAAUCUAAGACUGCUUAGGGAAAGUUUGGGAAAAUAUGAAACGCAAUUUGCUGGAAAUAUGACCAUCGCAUUUGAACGAGCUUUCAGUGUUCUGGAAAAGUACAGAGAGAAACGCUAUGCAGAGAAUUCGGUUGGUACUAACUGUAAUCAAGCUAUAAUGCUAAUUACUGAGGGAAUUGAUUACGAUUAUAAGCCUGAGUUAUUUGGAAGAUACAACAACUUAAGGCCAAAUGAGUACUACAGACCAGUUAGGGUCUUUACUUAUUUAAUCGGAACCGAUCAAAAUGAUGCAAGAGAAUUACAGUGGAUUGCUUGCUCGAACAUGGGAUAUUACGUUAACAUCAAUACUCCAUCUGAAAUUCGAGAGAAAGUCUUAAAAUACGUCGAUGUAUUUUCCCGUCCAUUAAAUUUAAACAAAGUAGCAAAGCCAGAUCCGGUUUGGACCGGCACUUACAUUGAUUUGGCCGACAGGAGACUUGCCAAUUGGCUUUGGACAAAAGUUGAAGGAAACAGGCAAAGAGAUAUAUUCUUGGACUAUACAAAAAGGAUGAUAGAGAGAGAAGAAUAUAUGUAUACUUGGGAAGACAAUAUUUUACUCAAAAAAGAUCAUGAUUACGAAAUAUAUAGGACAAAACGGAAUUACACUUAUGUAACGACAGUAUCAUUACCCAUUUACGAUCUAAGACCUAAUCGAUCAAAAGUACUAGGUGCUGCAGCUGUGGACAUUCCAAUUAGUUACAUAAAGGCAAACCUUAUGUCGUAUAGGAUUGGUGUUAAUGGUUACGCCUUUAUUGUCACCAAUAACGGGCUUAUAAUGGUUCACCCUGACCAUAGAACAGAGUUCCAAAACAUCCCUAAACCAACGUUUAACAGAGUGGAUAUUACUGAGGUUGAAUUAAUGGACGAUCAAAGGGGCCCAAGAGAUUUCCAUUACGAAUUAUUAGAGUUACGGAAAAAUAUCGUCAUGAGGAACGAAGGUUAUUCUACCCUUGAUGUGAAAACACACAUCGACGAAAUGAAAAGAGUUAUAUUUAGCACUCGCCAUUAUUUUUAUACUGGAGUUGGUCCAUUCAGCGUCGUUAUUGCCAUACCAGAUAAAUACGGACUCAAUAGAAUCGAGUACAAAGAAAACGUUUUGCAUAACAUUGAGAAAAAGAUUACCGGGUUAUCAGCAACAACCAAUUGGACAAUUCAUCCUGAAUGGUUGUACUGCAAAAGUUACAGUGACACGGUUGUUUUUGAGAAUCCAGAAGAAGAAUUGCUAUCAGUGAUUCGGAAUAUCAGGAGACCGGGAUGGAAAUGGCCUUCCAAUUGUGAUGAAACGUUAAUGAAUCUUCUCAUAAAUGACGCUAAAGUAACUCAGUGGUUUGAAGAUUACUCAUUUUAUGAAAACGAGAAAGAACUGUUAAAAAAUCACUCAAUUACGGUUAUAUUUUUAGCGACCCAUUCCGGUUUAACGCGAUGGAAAGAAAUAAAACCCGAUUAUCCGCCAUUUCACAAAAUACACAAUAAGGCAAUCGAUGAAGUGUGGUACAAAAGGGCUGUAGAUUAUUAUUACGUGGGUGGACCAAACUUUGUGUAUUCGGUCCCUUUUGAGUCACUAGGAUCAAUUGAAUUAACGUAUGUGCAUGUUAAUUUUUGGUUCUACUUUCUGUUUGUUCUUCAUCCUUUCUGUUUUCUGUUUCCCCUUUCUCUAUACCUAUUAAUGCUACGACCAUUUUUCUUCACACUAUUUUUGUUACCAAAAAAAAAAACAGGAUUUGAUAACACAACACCUGUAACAGCGACUUCGGCUAUAUUUAGAGAAGAACAAUCAAAACAAGCUCCGAUUUCGGUUGUUGGAUAUCAGUUUUACCACAGCGCUUUUUACGACUUAUUUGUCGAAAUAACAAAAAUGUGUGAAGGUCAUCGUUGCAAAGUGACCUGCGGGUCAGAGGAGCUAAACUGCUUCGUUCUUGAUAAUAAUGCUUACAUUGUGGUUAGCGAUGACUUGGAAGAUGCUGGUAACUUUUUUGGAGAUGUACGACCAGACAUCAUGCACGAACUAGUUACUGACGGAAUAUUUAAGAAAACCCAAAUUUUUGAUUACCAAGCCAUUUGCUAUAUUGACAAAAAGAAAGCUACAGAACCGCCAUCGUCAGGAACGCGAUUUGGAAAGUUCUUUGACAAUUUAGGCGCAAUAAUCAAUUGGUUUAUGACAACCAUCGUGUACUUUGCAAAAAUUAUUCUUGGGAAAAAGAAAAUGUACCAAAGUGUCAAAUCGUACACAUUAGGUUACAAUAGGCUACAACUAAACAAAACAGUACCAACACCCUGUGAUCACCAAUUAUGGUUAUUUACUUUAAACAGGACAAGUUACACUGACACUGAACCCGACAUAUUCUUGAACAAAGAAUGUAAAUGGCCGUACAUGGCCCAACCGAUUCCCAAAAGUAACUUGAUUCUUUUGGUUGUUAAUGGUCUAUGCCCCAAGAACACUACACAAGCUUACCAGUACACUCCCGAUCCCAUUGAAAUACCCUACAAUAUUUCCCAUCCCUGUUUCAUUGCCACAAGGAAUAACUUUUACAAGAGACCUUACAUAAAAUGUAUUAAUAGAAAUGAAAAGGAAUUUAAACUUAACUCCUUGGAUCCGGAGAAAUACUGUGGAAAAAUCGACAGCAAGGAUUUAAAAAAGCCUGAUAAGAAAAAGUCAGAUUAAUGAGAGUACUCCGUAGUACAUAUUUGCUGAUUCUUUUAUCAAAAAGUAUCUACUCUUUUAAAAAUUUUAUCGUAAAUUUUUAAUUAGUAUCGUAUCCCCACAUAUGUAUAUUAAUC